CGGUGCUCUUGCAAUCUGGAAGGAAAGCAACGGCUGAGCCCCCUGUUGGCGAAAAGCCCGCCUGUCCGCGGCGGAGGAGCACGGCGAGCCGGAGAGGUAGGUUGCUGGGACGCUCCGCCGACCGGAUCGCAGUGAGCAACAUGAAGCGGGGUGCGGACAGGGACUUGUCUCCCUCCAGUAAAAGGUCGAGAUCGAGUGUGGGGCGCUAUGAGGACAGCAGUGAGGACGAGGGGCGCCGCAGCAGCCGCGGAGGAAGUCCCCCAGGGCGGCGCUACCCCCCGCCCGAGCCCCUGCACCGCUCGGAGCGCGACGAGUUCGCGAGGGCGCCGCCGAGGCCGCCCGCCUACAAGAUGCUGUGCGUGUCCAACCUGCACUCCAAGGCCAGCGACGAGAUGGUGCGCGAGGCGCUGUACCGCGAGUUCAAGAGGUUCGGCGACGUGAGCGUGAAGGUGUCGCAGGGGGCGGACGAGCGCCUGGCCUACGUGUACUUCCGCAGCGCCGACGAGGCCAGGGAGGCCAAGCACAGCAAGCCCCGCAUCCUGUUCUACGACCGGCCCGUGGUGGUGGAGCCCAUGUACGAGGCGGCGCGGGACUACGCCCUCCCGCGCGGCCGCUCCAGGACGCCGCCCGACUACGAGCGGGGCUACAGGCCGCGCAGCCCCCCGGGGCCCGACCUGGAGGACAGGUACGAGCCGCGCUUCGACCGCCGCAGGCCGCCGCCGCCGCCCCACAGCGAGUACUACGCCGAGGGGCCGCCCCUCAGGCAGGACGAGUACAGCUACAGGCAGCACAGGGGGCGCGGGGGGCCCCACGGGCACUACGGGCCGCCCCUGAGGGGGGGCUUCAAGCACAGCUUCGGGGGCAGGGGCGGCGGGGGCGGUGGCGGGGGCGGGGGUGGAGGAGGGGGCGGGGGCGGCGGCGGCGGCGGCGGCGGCGGCAUGAUCGACAGCAAACGCGACAAGUUCCCGAACUACCUGCAUCACGUGCCGCCCGAGGAGGACCCGCUGGCCACGCGCACGCUGUUCGCGGGCAACCUGGAGAUCAACAUCAGCGAGGAGGAGCUGCGGCGCAUCUUCGGCAGGUACGGCGUCGUGGACGACAUCGACAUCAAGCGGCCGCCGCCGGGCACGGGCAACGCCUACGCCUUCGUCAGGUACCAGAACUUGGACAUGGCGCAUCGUGCCAAGAUAGAGUUAUCAGGACAGUACAUAGGCAAAUUCCAAUGUAAGAUUGGAUACGGGAAAGUGAUGCCCACGACUAGGGUGUGGGUGGGGGGGCUGGGGCCAUGGACGUCAGUGACGCAACUCACGCAGGAGUUUGACAGAUUUGGUGCUAUUAAGAAGAUAGAGUACGUGAAGGGCGAGAGUCACGCGUACAUUUUGUAUGAGAGUCUUGACGCCGCGCAGGCUGCCGUGAAAGAGAUGAGGGGCGUUCCCCUCGGGGGCCCCGACAAGAGGCUCAGGACGGACUUUGCCGAGGUGAACCCUCCGCCCGGGACCUUCCCCCCGGGCUACAAGAAGGAGUUCGACGGGGAGUAUCGUGACGAGUGGGGAGGGGGGCGGGGCAGUGGAUAUGAGGACUAUGUGGGUGACUAUGCAGGCUAUGGCAGGGGGCGUGGCAGGGGGCGCGGCUGGCACGAGAGGGGGCGUGGCGGCCACAGGGGGGGAUACCACGGGGAUUACCAGAGGCCGGAUUACCGAGACUAUGACGGGACGCCGGAAGGUGGGGAGCACCCAGCCAGAAGCCCAGAUCCUGGUGACGGGAGCAAUGACAACGGCCUUACCAGCGCCCGCACCCUCGCGGACGUUGCACGGGCAACCCCCACCUCUUGGCAGGGCUCGCUGAUCCUGAAGAAUUCCUCCUUCGGGACGAAGAUGCACCUUAUAGAAGGAGACACGGAGGUGGCAGAGAUGAUGCAGGACGAAGAGGGUCGGCCGCUCCUGAGAAUCACCCAGCGCCUCCGCCUGGACCAGUCGCGCCUGGAUGACGUGAGUAGGAGAAUCAGCGCGCCCUCGACGGCAACAAUCCUCCUGUCGCUGCCCAGCACAACGGCGCCCCAGGCCCCAGAGGAGGCGGCCGUGCAGACGAGGCCACUCCGCAACCUGGUGGCCUACCUCAAGCAGAAGGAGGCGGCGGGGGUGAUCACCCUCAACUCCACCAGCAAGGAGAGCAACACGCAGGGGGUGCUGUACGCCUUCCCCCCGUGCGCCUUCUCCCUCGACCUGCUGCACAGGGUGUCCCCGGGGCUGACCGAGGAGACCACCAGGGACGACCACCUCGUCAUUGUGAUCGUGAGAGGGACGGCCGCGUAGGCGGGACGGACGAUGUGUGGCCGCAGAUCGCCAAAUGGGAAAAAAAACUGAAAAUGUCCUCGUUGAAUCCAUGUGCUUGAACAAAGACUGCCUUAUAGUCCCUGCUUUUUAAGUGUAGUAAACUUUUCACAUGGAAGCCUAUAUUUUCCAUAAAUCAGUAAUUGAAUAUAUUAAUCUUUACAACUGUAUUGUACAAUUUGUUAAACCAUGUAAAAGAAAACUGUGAAUUUUAAGAAACAGUUUGUGUUGUUCUACAAAGUUAUGGAUAGCAUUAUGUAUGGUUUUCUUUUCUUUUUUUUAUUCAGAUAUUUUUUUUUUCUUUUACAUUUUAUAAGUGAGUGUCUUAGACUAAUAUCUUCACCUGAAGUGUAAAAAAAAGUGUUUUAAAUACAGUGAAGUAACCUGUG